GCUUCACUUUCGUUCGGCUCAAACUUCAAUUAAUUACUCUCUCUGCAUUCUGCAACAACACAACAAAAUAAUGCAAACGAAAACAUCAAGCUAAUGCGUUUACGUUACUUUUACUCUUAUUCUCAUCUCAGAUUCAUAAAAUUAUCGAUAGAAAAAUAAUGAUGUUUAGAGAGGAAACGGUGGGUUCGGUUAGCGCACGUCACAGCGCCACCAGCACCACUGGCACCAGAAUUUCAGCAUCGGUCAACAAAGUUCUAGUUGCAGUUAAGGCAGAGAAGAUAAUCUCCAAUACCGCACUAGCGUGGGCUCUCACUCACGUUGUUCACUCCUCCGACUCCAUCACCCUUCUUGCUGUUUAUUCCGUCGAGAAAUCUGGUAGAAGGUUCUGGAACUUUUCAAGGUUGCGUGGAGAUUGUUCUAGCGGAAUAGGUGCUGGGAAGUUGCCGGAGAGGAUUUCCGAUAUAUCAGAAUCUUGUGCUCAGAUGGUGCUUCAGUUGCACAAUCAAAUUGAGGUUAGGGUGAAGAUUAAGGUGGUAACUGGUACUCCAAGUGGUGCUGUAGCAGCUGAAGCCAGAUGGAGUGGCUCCCAUUGGGUCAUACUGGACAAGAAGUUAAAGCAAGAGGUGAAGCAUUGCAUGGAUGAACUCAACUGUAGCAUUGUGGUGAUGAAUGCCUCAAAACCAAAAGUUCUCAGGCUUAACUUAGCAUGCUCUGAUGAACUCCAAACUCCAUUUUUCUCCUCUGCUUCUUCACCGGAUAUAGCAAUUGGAAAGCUCAAAGGCCGCAGAUUGAAGCAUUCAACCCCAGUUAGUAGCCCUGAAGAACCAGCUACUUCUGCCACUAGAACCAUCGGUGUUUACUCAGAGUCAAGUUCUGAUUCAAUGGCUUCUCUUUUCCAAGUCUAUGAGCAAAAUCCUCUGUAUGAGGGUCAGGGACUGCACGAAAAAAGAGCAUACAAACCAAUCAAUGAGCCAAAAGAGUUCAACUUUGAUUUGGAAAAGGAUUUGGGGACACAUUCAAUCCCAUAUGUGUCAAGUGAUGAUAACAAGGAUGUAUUUUGGAUUCCUGAGAACAGAGUUAUCCAAAGAACCAAAUCUCCAACUUCCAAAACACUACUUGAGAAUUUUAUGCACUGUGAUCAAGAAAUGAAAAGGACAAAUAAUGAACUUGGGUUUAAACAAUCUCAAAGCAGAGUUUACGCUUCCAACUUGGGCAACAGAGGUAAUGCCACCAUUCCUAUGGGCAGAACUUCGUGUAUACCUCCUCCCUUGUGCUCUCAGUGUCAGAACAAAGCACCAGUGUUUGGAAAGCCUCCUAGACAGUUUUCUUACAAGGAGAUAGAGGAAGCUACUGAUAUGUUCUCGAAUGCAAAUUUUCUAGCUGAAGGUGGAUUUGGUGUUGUUCACAAGGGAAUUCUCAGAGAUGGCCAGGUUGUUGCUGUGAAACAGUUAAAGUUUGGAGGCUCUCAAGCUGAUCUUGAUUUCUGCAGGGAAGUUCGUGUUUUGAGCUGUGCACAACACAGAAAUGUUGUGUUGUUGAUAGGAUUUUGUGUAGAGGCCAAUUUGAGGAUAUUAGUCUAUGAAUACAUAUGCAAUGGUUCCUUGGACCUUUACUUACAUGGAGAUGGGAAUACCCCCUUGGAUUGGAACUCACGGUUAAAGAUAGCGAUUGGAGCUGCAAGAGGAUUACGCUACCUUCAUGAAGAUUGCAGAGUUGGUUGCAUAGUGCACAGAGACUUUCGACCCAGAAAUAUUCUCUUAACGCAUGACUUUGAGCCUUUGGUGGCUGAUUUUGGGCUUGCUAGAUGGCACUCAGAAUGGAAUAUAAACACUGAACAAGAUCGAGUUGUAGGAACGUCAGGGUAUCUUGCACCUGAAUAUCUUGAAGCUGGAAAUCUUACAUAUAAAGUAGAUGUAUAUGCAUUUGGCAUUGUUUUACUAGAGUUAAUAACAGGUCGAAGAAUUAGUGAGUUGGAACAAUUUAAUGGCCACUCGUUUCUUUCUGAAUGGUUUCAUCCUAUACGCAUGUUAGAGGCAGAUCAUAUAUUGCAAAACGUUCGGUCUCUUAAUCCAUACUUGGGGUUUGAGGCGUCAUUGGAAUUUAACUUUGAAUUACAAGCCAUGGCAAGAGCUGCUUCAUUGUGUCUACGUCUGGAUCCUGAUGCCAGACCUCCAAUGUCUAAGAUCCUGAGAGUACUGGAAGGGGGUGAUGCAGUUCGUCCUAUUGGUUUAGACUUCAAUUCAGUUGGUAAUAGAAGUGGCCAUUUAAGUGGUUUGAGUUCUCACACUCCACAUAAAGGUACAAUAAGUCAUUCUCGUAGGCUAUCACAUUGAUCACAUAGAAACAUUCACACAAGCAAAGUUUCACUUAUUGGUAUAAGGAAAAACUCAAUUGUCAAAGAUAAUGCCCUUGACACUUGUUAUUUGUGGUUUUCUCCUCAACAUAGUUAAUUAUUAUGGUGAAUGAAAUGCUUUUUCAUCUCAA